AAUAAUGGUUUUCAGUAUUCAAUAUCAAUAUACAAUUUGAAUUAACUUUCUGAUCAAUUUAUAACGAUGGAGCCGCCCAAACAAAAUGCGCCCAAAGAUGGACCGGGACCAAGAGGCGCACCGGAAGUCUACUAUACAUCUCGAGUAUUAAACUCAACCUUUCGUUAUGUCAAAUUUAUCAAAAAACUACGGGCUGAAGAAGAAGAGCAACGGAAGGGCGCAGAGACCAAACUCAAGGAACUGAAAGACAAACAGACGUCUGAUUUUUUUAUACGUUGUGAUAGAAGGUCUCUUAUAAAUAACGUAGCCCGAAGAGUCGAUUUGUGCAUGGAGUCAUAUGAAGAAGAUUUAAAUAACAAAAGAAAAAGAUUAAUAGGGCUAUAUGGGGUUGAGGAAGAAGAAAAUAUACGUAAAUUCGUCGAACAAGCGCAGGCUGGCGCUGUUGCUGUGUGGGAGGACAAGAAGAAAAGGCUUGAGUUCCUCUUGGCGAAGAGAAAGAAAGAACACGAAGAGAAAUAUAAAGAUACUCCUUUGUCCAAAUGCGUACACGUCCUGCCCUGUAUCUACAAGCUGCGUGCGAAAGAGACGCAAGAGAUUCAACUCUACCAAAUGAAAGAAAAGGAAGCACGGAAGAUGGCAGAAAAAGAAUUUGAUAAAAUGUGGUAUGAAGUGGCAAUGAAGGAGUCGGAUGCAUUGGCGGCGCGUAUGGAGCAAGACGCCAUUGAACGUCUACGAAGGGACUACGAAUGCAAAAAAUACACGGACUAUCAACUUGAACAGAGAAAACAGCAGAAGGAGAAAGAAAGGGAGAUGCUGAAGGAAGAGGCAAGAAGAUUCAAGGCGAUAUGGGAUGCUGAUAUAAGGAAGGAGCAAGAAGCUGAAAAUCAACGCGCGGAACAAAGAAAAGAGACAGCCAGAGAGAGGAAACUUAUGAUAGAAGAGAGACAAGAAACUGUUCGAAAACAAAACGCUGCCGCUAAACUGAUCGCUGACACUUGGGACUCGCUCGCUGGCCAGGGAUUAGCGGAUGAAAAAGCCAAGCUAAUGCUCAUGAGGAGAAAGGAGCAAGAGUUGGAUGAGUGCAAUAAGAAGCUUUUGGAAAUAAAGAAGCAGUACGAAGACAUGGAGACAAUAAUCGAAGGUCCCUUGGCGGAAGAGGCUCAGAGAAGACAAGAGUACAUUGACAAGAAGAGAUGCGAAUAUCUUGCGUGGGCGCAGAAAACUAAUAGGGAAGUACGUCAAGCUAUGGUGGAACAAAUAAAAGAUCGUCAAAAAGCAAGAGAGAAUCUCAAACAGAAACUGGAAGAGCAAGAUGAAUACCAAAGACAAUUGUUUGAGCAGCUUGAGAAACUUGUGGACCAUAAACAGUUUACAGAUGCGCAGAAGCGAAAAUUGCACCAAAGACAACUGUUAGAACAGAUAGAGUAUAACAAGCUGUUAAAGGAACGAGCACGUCAAGAGGAGUUGGAUCAAAUCAAGAAGUGUCAGUUGGCAACUGAGGAGUACCAGAGAGAGAUAGAAAGGAUGCUGCGACGACCAUUCUUCAGUGACGAAGUACAUCCAUUUACGAAGCAACUCGCAAAAGGUUUAAAAAUUCCAGAGAAGUGCCCCUGUUCUAAACCUGAUUAUUGUAAAUAACUUUUUGUAAUUUUUUUUCAAAAUAUACUUGAACAUUCUACUUUCUUUA